AAACUUGUAUUUAAUUUUUAAUUAUUUGCCAUUGUCAAUUUUAUUGCCUAAGAACGAUGCAUUCUAUCAGAAUAGGAAGGCUUUGGAAAUCCACUCUCUUCCCACCCCCCUCAUGUGAUUGCUUGUACCUGCUAUGACGUGUUUACAAUUGAGUUUAGUGUAGAACCCAAGCAGAGGUUACACUUGUGAUUAAUCAGCGUAGUAAUUUUGUUUUGUUUUUCAAAAUGUUAGAUCUGUUUACCAUUUUUAGCAAAGGUGGUAUUGUGCUUUGGUAUUUUCAGAGUACCAGCCAAAUUUUCACGCCUUCAGUGAAUGCAUUAAUUAAAUCAGUCAUAUUGCAGGAGAGGACAGGGAACAAUAGUUUUGACCACAAUUCUCUCACUCUGAAAUACAAACUUGACAAUGAAUUUGAGUUAGUAUUUGUUGUCGCUUAUCAAAAGAUUUUGCAGUUGUCAUAUGUGGAUAAGUUUUUAGAUGAUAUUCAUCUAGAGUUCAGGGAUAAAUAUAAAGAUGAUCUCCAAAAUAAUCAGCAUUUCAUUAAUUUCAAGUUCGACAAUGACUUCAAAGAAGUUUUACGAGCUUGUGAAGAAUGGGGGAAGACACAAGCUCUUAUUCCAAAACACAUGAGAUCUUUUGAAGAAUCCCUCAAAUCCAAGAAAACUGUUGCUUCAAUGAUCGAAAGGAAAGGCGAUGACAAAGAAAAUAAAAAGAAGGUUAAAAUAGCACCGGAAGAACCAAAAAUAAAAAAAGAACCUGCUGCGGUUGUGGAAAAUGGUAAUAUUGCACCAGAUGAUAUUAUCAUGCAAAAUAGAGCAAAACUAGCUCAAAAAAUGGGCUCGCCAAAUCAAAAGAAACCUAAGACAAAAAGCCCGAAGCCAGCUAAAGAAGGGAAAAAACCAAGAAUUUGGGACCUUGGAGGUACUAAUAAAGAUCUUCCUGAUCUGGAAAGAACUAAACCUGUUGAAGAUGGAGAGGUUGUGAAGACAGUUUGUGAUACCUCAAUUGUUGGACAAAUGGUUGGUGGAAUCAGAGAUUUAGAAGUGGACAGUGAUUCAGAUUCUUAUGAAGAGGAAGAAAAUGAAGAAGAAGCUGUUAACGGUAAAAAACAGCAAGCCAAAUCCAGCGGUGUAUUUUCGUUUUUCAAGGGUCUUGUUGGCUCAAAAAAUCUUUCUCAAAAAGAUAUGGAACCUGUUCUAGAAAAACUCAAGGAUCAUUUAAUUGCAAAAAAUGUGGCAUCAGAUAUUGCUAAUAAGUUAUGUAAUUCUGUGGCUGCUAAAUUGGAAGGAAAGGUUUUAGGAACAUUUGAUAGUGUAGCUCGGAUUGUCAAAAAUACCAUGACUGAAUCUUUAGUUCAAAUUCUAAGUCCUACAAGGCGUGUUGACAUUCUUCGAGAUGCCCUCGAAGCAAAGAAGGCUGGAAGACCUUUUGUUAUGGUGUUUUGUGGCGUAAAUGGUGUAGGAAAAUCCACUAAUCUUGCCAAGAUAUGCUUUUGGUUGAUUGAAAACAAAUUACGUGUGAUGAUUGCAGCCUGUGACACUUUCAGAGCUGGAGCGGUAGAACAAUUGAGGACACACGUUGUCAGUCUUAAUAAUCUUCACCCACCUGUUAAUAGCAUGCCUCAAGUACAGUUAUAUGAGAAAGGAUAUAAAAAGGAUGGAGCUAGUUUGGCAAAAGAGGCUAUCAGUAAAGCCCGUGAGCAAAAGGUUGACGUUGUUCUUGUUGAUACUGCUGGCAGAAUGCAAGACAAUGAACCACUUAUGCGUGAGCUUGCCAAGUUAAUCAAAGUCAAUGAACCAGAUCUUGUGCUGUUUGUUGGAGAGGCUCUAGUCGGAAAUGAAGCAGUAGAUCAGUUGGCAAAAUUCAAUCAGUCUCUUGCUGAUUUUUCAGAAUCUACAAAACCACAUCUUAUUGAUGGCAUAGUGCUUACGAAGUUUGAUACCAUUGAUGAUAAAGUUGGAGCAGCAAUCUCCAUGACGUACAUGACAGGGCAACCAAUUCUGUUUGUCGGUACAGGACAAACUUAUACAGACUUAAAGUCACUCAAUUCUAAAGCAGUUGUUCAUGCGCUUAUGAAAUAAGAAAACCUACAGUGCCUUUGAAAUUGCCACAAUUUUAAUAUAAAUUGAUAAUGUGAAUCAAAGAAAUAUAAAAGAUUAUGAUGUGGCCUUUCAUUUUUCACUGAUGAUCAUUUUUUUUUUUUUUUUUU